CGUGUUAAAGUAUUUUGCAAUAUCAAUUAGUUUUGUUAAUAAUAAAAUACAUUGAGAUGAGAGAGUAGAAUUUUUAAAAACUUGACUUUUUAACGUGAUAUGUGCAACACUAAUAAUUGCGUUGAAAUAAUAUUAACCAUAACCUUCAGACUUUGUUUAAUUUAUCUGAAUUUAAUUUGAUGAAAAUUAGCAGUAUUGUUGUUACAAAUGGGUAAACGCCGUGAGACUAGUACCGAGGAUGACUUGAGUUUAGAACUUUCUGACCUUUCGCCAUCCCCCAAAAAGCAUAAAAAACAUAAGCACAAAAAGCAUAAAAAGUCUAAAUCUCACGACAAUGAUUUAUUAGCUGAUUUGUGUUCAGAAGCAGAGGUUUUAAAUAAAACACCCGCCAGUACCGAAAAAGUAAAACAAUUUAGCACUAAAAAUAAUCAAGAUCAAAAUGCUGCUAUACCAUCAACAUCAAGGUCUACUACUCCUCCGAAAGUUAAGAAAAAGAAACGUAAAGAUAGUGGAACAUCGAGUGAGGAGGAAAGAUGGUUAGAUGCUAUUGAAAGUGGAAAAUUAGAAGAGGUUGACGACGAACUAAAAAAGAUUAAACCGAAAGAUCCAAAGCUUAUGACUGCCAGGCAACGUGCAAUGUACGAUAGAGGUGGCGAAAUGGCAAUCGCAGUAGAAGAACAACUCAUGUCCUUGCCGAGUGGAUAUAAAGAAAAGGUCAUGACAGCGGAAGCAAUUCAAAAAGCUGCUCUCAAGAGUCAAAAAAGAAAACAACUUGCUGAUGAAAAACGAGAAAAAGAUAAGAAAAAGACUAUGGAAAGAUUAUUGAAGAAACAAGAAUCUAAGACAGGCAAAGCUACCAAAUGCAAAGUAUCAAGAAGUCAGGAGCCAUAUAUUUCAUAUAAACAAAACAAUAAUUUCACCACACUUUCUUUUCCAAAUGGAAUAGUAUAUCCCUUAGUUAAACAAGAACGAACAUCACCCCCUAAAAUUAUUGUUUGUCAUGUCGAUGGUUGUAAUAACCCUAAGAAAUAUAAUUGCAAUAAAACAAAUGUUCCUUUAUGCAGUCUGCUAUGCUAUAAAAAGCAUUUUGAAAAUUUAAGAAAAAUAAUUUUUUAA